AUGAAAGGAGUUAUGAGAUUCGGAAAGAAGGGUAAGUUGAGCCCAAGAUAUAUGGGACCGUUUGAGAUUCUUGAUCAAAUUGGACCAGUGGCUUAUAGAGUGGCUUUACCACUGGAAUUCUUGAGAGUGCAUAAUGUGUUUCAUGUGUCUAUGUUGAGAAAGUACAACCAUUCCCCCACCCACGUUAUAGAUCAUGAACCACUUCAGAUUCAAGAGAAUAUGACCUACACCGAGGAACCAAUACGGAUUUUGGACAGGAAAGAACAAGUGUUACAGACUCGAACUAUCCCUUUGGUUAAAGUGUUGUGGAAUAAUCAUGCUAUUAACGAAGCAUCUUGGGAAUUCGAGGAAGAGAUGCGAGUUAAGUACCCCCACCUGUUCGACGAGAAUUUUGAUAGCUUGUAG